CAAAGUUACUAUCCAAAGUAGAAAGCAGAAACUCCACCAAGAAUCCAAAUCCACGUUUUGUAACUGAUUUCUGUAAAUUCUGUCCCGCUUGCACCAUUUCAAAUUUAAAACCCCAACGGUCGAAUUUUCGUUAAGUUCAAACAGUUUGGUCAUUCUAACAAUGGAGGAUACUAAUCAAUGGCGUCGCUAUGACCAUGACCCACUUCUUCUCACCGACGUUUCUUUGCAACAAGAAUCCUCUUCUUAUACUCGCUGUUCCAAUUCUCUUUCGCAAACAUCACUGAGCUCUCGGAGUUUGGCUAUGGAGGAUGUGCCCGUGUGUGGUGACAGUGCCAGUAUCGGAGGGCUGGGAAUUGCUGCUCCAGGAUUUUCUCGGGAAAAUGGAGGUUUGGAAGGGAACAGCAUGAAGUUCGAUGACCCAAUUGUGAAAGAUGUGUUUGAUGGAAGAUCUAUUUUGGGGUAUUCUCUAGCAUCCCCAGAUUUGGUUAUUUGUGGUGGCUCACCGGAUAUUGCUGGAAUUAGCUGUUGUGAUUCCCCUGAGUUUUUGAAGAACCAAUAUUACAAGAAUGUGGAGUCAUCUGUGGAGCUUUCUCUAGAGUAUGGAAUCAAGGGGUCUCAAGUUGAAGUUGACAAUGGCCCUAAGAUGCCAACUGUUAAAUUCUCCAACCUCUGUCAAACUUUUGAGCAAGAGGAAGAGCUUCUGAGCCCUGAAGCCUCCUUUGAACUUCUUCCACCCCUUCUAACCAAGGAUGAGGCACCCCAUGAUUCCCCUCCAAGAGAUGCUGAGAUGACAGAAGAUAAUGGAGUGUCUGAGGAGGCAGAAUUGGGGUUCUCAGAAGAUGCUGAUGAUAUUGGGGUAGAAGAGAAACUUAAAAGGCUGAAAAGAGACUUUGAGUGUCAGAGAAAGGAGCUGGCAGAAACAAGGAGGGAGUUAGGAGAGGUCAAGAAGGAGAAUCAACAGAAGAGUAAAGAGUGUCAAGAAGCUUGGAACUCCUUGAAAGAGCUUCAGAAUGAGCUAAUGCGCAAGUCCAUGCACGUAGGAUCUUUGGCAUUUGCCAUUGAGGGACAAGUGAAAGAGAAAAGUAGGUGGUUUUCGUCACUGAGAGAUUUAACAAGGAAAUUGAAGAUUUUGAAAAUGGAACACAUGAAGCUAUUAGAAGAAGCUGAGGAAAGCAAAAACUAUCAAGCAGAUAUGAAAGAAAUGGGGCAUAUUAUCAGGUCCAAAAUAAAUGAGCAACUGGAGUCCCUUGAAGAUCUCAAGUCCAAAUAUGCCGAAGGGGUUAAGGAACGGAAAGAGCUUUACAACAAGGUUUUGGAGUUGAGAGGAAACAUAAGGGUCUUUUGCCGUUGUAGGCCUCUCAAUGCUGAAGAGAUAGCCGCAGGAGCAACCAUGGCCUUAGAUUUUGAAUCUGCGAAAGAUGGUGAGCUAACUGUAAUGUCAAAUGGAGCUCCUAAAAAGACUUUCAAGUUCGAUGCUGUCUUUGAUCCCCAAGCUGAACAAGCUGAUAUUUUUGAAGACACAGCACCGUUUGCGACAUCAGUUUUAGAUGGAUUCAACGUAUGCAUUUUUGCAUAUGGACAGACUGGAACAGGAAAAACUUUCACAAUGGAGGGCAGUGAAGAGGCUCGAGGUGUAAACUUUAGGACUCUCGAAAAAAUGUUCGACAUAAUCAAGGAGAGACAGAAGUUUUAUUGUUAUGAUAUUUCAGUAAGUGUCUUAGAAGUGUACAAUGAGCAAAUAAGAGAUUUGCUGGUUGCAGGAAAUCAUCAAGGAUCAGCUGCAAAAAGACUUGAAAUAAGGCAAGCUAGUGAAGGAAUACAUCACAUUCCAGGGUUGGUUGAGGCACGUGUGAAUAAUAUGACUGAAGUCUGGGAAGUCCUACAAACUGGAAGCAAUGCAAGGGCAAUAAGCUCAACCAAUUCCAAUGAGCAUAGCAGUCGAUCACACUGCAUUCACUGUGUUAUGGUUAAGGGAGAGAAUUUGUUGAAUGGGGAAUGCACGAGAAGCAAGCUAUGGUUGGUGGAUCUAGCGGGCAGUGAACGAGUGGCAAAGACAGAAGUUCAUGGUGAUAGAUUGAAGGAGACACAGAAUAUUAACAGGUCUCUGUCUGCACUUGGUGAUGUCAUAUCAGCUCUUGCAACGAAAAGUUCACACAUCCCAUUCAGGAACUCUAAGCUUACACACUUGUUGCAAGACUCAUUAGGAGGAGAUUCAAAAGCACUCAUGUUUGUACAGAUCAGUCCUAAUGAAAACGAUUUAAGUGAGACAAUUUGCUCUCUUAAUUUUGCUAGUAGAGUAAGAGGAAUAGAAUUGGGCCCUGCAAGAAAGCAUUUGGACACUGUUGAGCUUUUGAGACACAAACAAAUUGCUGAUAAAGUUAAACAAGAGAUAAAGAUGAAGGAUAUGCAAAUCAAGAAGAUGGAGGAAACAAUCCAUGGAUUAGAGUCCAAGAUGAAGGAAAGAGAUAUCAGAAACAAAAAUCUGCAAGAGAAGGUCAAGGAACUGGAAUCACAGCUUCUGAUUGAAAGAAAGUUGGCACGUCAACAUGUAGACUCAAAGAUAGCUGAGCAGCACCAAAUGAAACAUCAAGAAGAGCAAAAUAAUGCACUUAUGAGAUCAGCACUCGCAAGUCGACCUCUAGGAAGUCUCAAGAAUUUCAAUGAUUCAGUGAGUGGUGGAUGGUGCAAAGACCAACAAAUUAAUUCUGCUAAACCACUCACAGAAAGCAACCUCAUUAAACCUUUUAUGCCCUUUGCUACGAUGGAGAGCUCCAUCAAGUGCAUUGACCAUGCUGAGAAAGAAAACAAUCCUGACAUGGCUGAAAAAGCCCUACUGCCAAAGAGGCCUGGAAGAGCUUCUUCCAUCUGCAUGAUGGCACCACGUGUUCCUUCAGCUAUUGCUUCAAGGAGAAACUCUCUGAUUCCACUCCCAAGUAUUCCUAGCUUAACACAGUUCCAAUCACCACUGUUACCAAAUUUAACAAACCAAGUUGACCAGAAAGAUGUCAUUGGGGAAGUAGAAACAAACUGUGUUCCUGCACAGACUCAUUGUGAGAGUCCCAAAGAAGUUAGAAUUGGCGCUAAGAGGAUAGGUAGCAUACUAAGAAGAAGCCUUCAUAAGAAAAUCCAAGUGAAGUCUCCACUUCAUCAGCACAUGAGGAAGGUUGGUGUAAAUGUUGGGAUGGAGAAAGUUAGAGUUUCCAUUGGAAGUAGGGGUAGAUUGGCACCAAGGGGGCAAGUAGGUUGUAGAAAAGGAGGAACUAGAGAUAUUCAACAAAAGAACAGUCAAAAGGAAAAGGAAAGGGGGUGGAUCUGAAAGUUGUAUUGAUUUAGAUUUUUUAUUUUCUUUUAUUCUUUUGUGAUGUGUGGAUA